AUGAUAGCUACUGGAGCAUCAGAAAAGGAGGAAGAGGUAAAAAUAGCCAUUCUUCUUCACACUAUCGGCGAGGAGGCCUUAGAAGUGUACAACACACUCAACAUUACCCCAGCCAGAGAUGCACUCACAGUGGAGGAGGUCCUGAAAGCAUUCAAAACAUACUGUAGCCCGCAGAAGAAUGUGGUUUUUGAACGUCAUCAAUUCUGGUCAUACCCAAUGUCACCAGGAAUUGUGGUGGACAGGUACAUUACUGAACUGCGUCAAAAAAGCAAGGACUGUGAGUUUGGUCAAAAUGUAGAUGAUAUGAUCAGAGAUAAGCUGGUGUUCAGCAUAAAUGACUCACGUCUGAAAGAGAGACUGCUUCGCGACAAAGACCUUGCUCUGAACAAAGCCAUUGAAAUCUGCAGGUCAGCGGAAGCAGCAAAGACACAGAUCCAAGCAAUGCAAUUGAACCCAGUAGUCCAGGACGCUUCAGUGGACACGUUGAAGAAAACCCCCCAUAACCUAAGACCAGGACAAGGUAGAAUUAAAGCCAGCAACAAACAGACAGUUUGUACCAAGUGCGGAAUUAAACAUGAACCAAGAAAAUGUCCGGCGUAUGGAGAAACAUGCCACAAGUGCAAGAAAAAAAAUCACUUCUCAAAGUUGUGCAGAUCUAACAUUGACAAGGACAAGCCAUACACAAAAACAAAGAUGGUGAAUAACUUGGAAGCUGACAUGGACACCCUGUACAUAGGUGUGGUGAGCAGUGACAAAAAUGAGACAAAUUGUUGGAAAGAAACAGUCACAAUAAGGAAAGUGCCAAUCUUUUUCAAGCUAGACACAGGUGCUGAUGCAAAUGUGCUUCCCAUGCAGGUUUACCACAAAAUACCAGGUCCUGUUCAGCUUCGAUCUACAAAGACUGUGCUGAUAGCUUUUGGUGGAGCUCGUAUAAGUGCUGAAGGUAUUGUGUCUCUUGAAUGUGUAACUAGCAAAGGUAGUGCUGUGCUCGACUUCCUUGUGUCCAGGCAAGCGGACAAAGCCAUUUUAGGUGGGCAGGCAUGUGAGGAGCUGCAACUGGUGAAAAGAGUGGAUGUGCUCACACCUAAGUCACACAAGCUGGACAAGCUACCAACAACAAAAGAAGAAUUGGUGGAAAAAUAUGCUGAGGUGUUCACAGGUUUAGGUGAGUUCCCUGGACUUCAUCACAUAUACAUCGACCCAGAAGCCACACCUGUCAUUCAUGCAUGCAGAAAUGUGCCUCUCUCUAUAAUGGACUCACUCAAAAAGACACUAAAAGGCUUACAGGACAGAGAAGUAAUAACACCUGUCAAUGAGCCCACAGAUUGGGUGAAUAGUCUAGUUGCCACUCAAAAGAAGAAUGGUACACUUAGGGUGUGUUUGGACCCUGGUGACCUGAAUCGGGCAAUUAAACGCCAGCAUUACUCCAUCCCCACAUAUGAGGAUGUCCGGAGCAGGCUGGCAGGUAAAUCUAUCUUCACCAUUUUGGAUGAGAAGGACGGAUACUGGCAGAUUAAGUUAGAUGAGUCAUCUUCAAAGCUAUGCACCUUCAACACGCCAUGGGGCCGGUACCGCUUCUUAAGGCUUCCAUUUGGAAUCAAAUCAGCCAGUGAAGUUUUUCAGCAAAAGAACUGUGAAACAUUUGGUGACAUACCUGGUGUUUUCAUUAUUGCUGAUGAUAUGAUCAUAGCAGCGGAAACAGAAUCAGAACAUGACAACAUCUUACAAAAGGUCAUGGAGAGGGCGAAAGAGGUGAAUGUGAGGUUCAACAAGGAUAAGAUCCAGUUCAAAGUGGACACUGUGAAGUACAUGGGGCACAUCAUCACAGCAGCAGGACAGAAAGCUGAUGACACAAAGAUCAAAGCCAUCGUUGACAUGCCCACUCCAGAGGACAAGCAAAGUCUCCAACGUUUGCUAGGAAUGACCAAGUUUUUGGCACAAUACAUCCCAAAUGAGGCAACACUCACGGCACCAUUAAAAGAGCUACUGAAAAAGAACACUGUCUGGCAGUGGCAACCACACCACAGUGAGGCGCUGCAAACACUUAAGACUGCCCUCACACAGGCACCCGUUCUAAACUUCUUUGACAGCAAGAAACUGUUAACUCUACAAGCAGAUUCCUCAAAGGAUGGACUGGGAGCAUGCUUGCUACAAGAAGGUCACCCUGUGUGCUAUGCAUCUCGUGCAUUAACAGACACUGAGAAAAGAUAUGCACAAAUAGAAAAAGAGUUGUUGGCAAUAGUGUUUGCCACUAAGAGAUUUCACCAAUAUGUGUAUGGAAGGCCAGUGAUGGUUCAGUCAGAUCACAAACCUCUUGAAGUGAUCAUGCGCAAACCGUUAUGCAAAGCCCCAGCACGGCUGCAAGGAAUGCUACUUCAACUACAGAGGUACAAUCUCACUGUGACAUACACACCUGGCAAACAGAUGCACAUUGCAGAUACCCUCUCGCGUGCCACUACAAACAGUGCAAAUGACAUCACUGAUGAGAAUCUCUGUGAAGAGAGAGUGGUAUAUGCUUUGGAGGCAACAGAUGCUUUAAGUGAAGAGACCCUCAACCAGCUGAAAAUGGCGACAGCAGCGGACAAAGUGCUACAGGCUGUGCGUGAAAAACACAUGAAUGGCUGGCCCACAAAGAGGAGAAAUUUGGAUAAGACACUCCACAGCUACUGGCCAAUGAGACAUGAUAUUAGCAUCCACAAAGACAUUGUUAUGUGUGGGAACAAAAUCAUGAUACCACAAAACUUCAGGAAUGUAAUCUUGGAAAAGCUGCACAUUGCACAUCAGGGAGUACAACGCACUAAGUCUAAAGCAUGCAAAGUACUGUACUGGCCAGGGAUGGGACAUGACAUUCAGAACAUGGUCGAGAAAUGCUCACAGUGCCAACAAAUGCAACCAAAGCAACAGGUUGAACCGCUUGUUCCCCAUUCGAUCCCAGAGCUACCAUGGAUGAAGUUGGGAGCGGACAUUUUUGAGUUGCAUGGUCAGUCAUACUUGCUGCUAGUGGACUACCUGACCAAGUAUCCAGAGGUACUGAACCUUUCUGACAAGACGGCUUGCACAAUAAUACAAAGGAUGAAAUCUGUAUUUGCGAGACAUGGGAUCCCCAAGGAGAUUGUGAGUGAUCACGUUCCUUUUGCGAGUCAUGAGAUGAAAUCAUUUGCAACGAAGUGGGAAAUAAAGCUUACUUUCUCCAGCCCAGGUUUUCCAUCCUCAAAUGGAAUGGCUGAGAGAGCCAUAAAGACAGUCAAACAUGCUCUGAAGAAAGCAUUGCAAACUGGUACAGACCCACAUCUGGUACUGCUGUCUCUGAGGAAUACACCAAUUACAGGACUGAACAUGUCACCUGCACAAAUGUUGAUGGGAAGAGUUCUCCGCAGCACACUGCCAUGUUCCAGUGCUGUGCUCCAACAACCAUCCCUACACAACAUCCAUAACAAAAUAAGAGACAUGCAGUUACGCCAGAAACAACACUUUGAUAAACGUGCAAAAGCGUUGCCAGUGUUAUCCCCAGGUGACACAGUGCACAUGCACACACAGCGGGGAUGGGAACCUGCAGUUGUUGUCCACCAAAGGAAGGAACCGAGAUCCUACAUGGUUCAAACCCCAGAAGGAAAGAUGCUCAGGAGAAACAGGAGACACUUGAGGAAUAUCCACCCCAGUUUGUUCAAGGAGGUUCCUGAGGAUGAACAGUCUGACCCAGAAGAACAUUUCCCUGAUGAGCCACCUAGGGAACAAGAUGUCCCUCCUCCUGCAGCUGGAGAACGUUUGCCAACUUGUUAUACAUGCAGUGGCCGGGCAGUUAGGCGUCCUGCCAGGUUUGACGAGUGA